GAUGAGGAAUACAAGGAGGAGAUCCCUACAGAUAAGAGCCCAGAUGACUGUACUGGGCGCUUGGAGAAGCAUCUCAUAUCUACAUAUUAUAAUGCAGAUGAUCCAUGUGUCAUAUUAGAUACAUAUGAAGAGCGUGCCAUUAUCCCAGAUGUACCCUCAGACCUUCACAGCAAAAAUCUAUCAUCUCAUCCUUUAAAACAAGUCCAAUCUUCUAAUUCAUCACAUACUCUUACUCAGAAUGAAACUCGCAGAAGAUGUUCUGGAACCCAAAGAGCUCGGAGAAAGCCGUAUUCAUGCUCAGAAUGUGGCAAAUAUUUUACUUGGAAAUCAGGCCUUCUUCAACAUCAAAUUCAUCACACAGGGGAGAAGCUGUAUUCAUGUUCAGACUGUGGGAAAUGUUUUACUAGUAAAACACAAAUUGAAAACCAUCAGAGAAUGCACACAGGAGAGAAGCCAUUUUUAUGUUCAGAAUGUGGAAAGUAUUUUACGAAUAAAGCAUAUCUUAAAACCCAUCAGCGAAUUCACACAGGAGAGAAGCCGUUUUCAUGUUCAGAAUGUGGAAAAUGUUUUACGAAUAAAACACAACUUGAAACCCAUCAGCGAAUUCACACAGGAGAGAAGCCGUUUCCAUGUUCAGAAUGUGGAAAAUGUUUUACUAGAAAAUCACAUCUUGAUAACCAUCAUAGAAUUCACACAGGAGAGAAGCCGUUUUCAUGUUCAGAAUGUGGAAAAUGUUUUACGAAUAAAACACAACUUGAAACUCAUCAGCGAAUUCACACAGGAGAGAAGCCGUUUUCAUGUUCAGAAUGUAGGAAAUCUUUUACUGGGAAAUCUAAUCUUGAGAGCCAUCAUAGAAUUCACACAGGAGAGAAGCCGUUUUUGUGUUCAGAAUGUGCGAAAUCUUUUACUAGAAAGUCAGCUCUUCUUCUACAUCAAAGAAGUCACAAAGCAGAGAAGCCGUAUUCAUGUUCAGAAUGUGGAAAAUCUUUUACUCAGAAAGCACAUCUUCUGAGCCACCAGAGCAUUCACACAGGGGACAAGCCGUAUUCAUGUUCAGAAUGUAGGAAAUCUUUUACUGAGAAAUCUAAUCUUGCGAGACAUCAGAGAAUUCACACAGGAGAGAACACGUUUUCGUGUUCAGAAUGUGGCAAAUGUUUUACUCGUAAAUCAUUUCUUGCAAGCCAUCAUAGAAUUCACACAGGAGAGAAGCCGUUUUCAUGUUCAGAAUGUGGUAAAUCUUUUACUCGGAAAUUUCAACUUCAGAGCCACCAGAGCAUUCACACAGGGGACAAGCCGUAUUCAUGUUCAGAAUGUAGGAAAUCUUUUACUGAGAAAUCAAGUCUUAAGACACAUCGGCAAAUUCACACAUUGGAGAAGCUGUAUUCAUGUUCAGAAUGUGGCAAAUGUUUUACUCAUAAAUCAUCUCUAAAGAGCCAUCAUAGAAUUCACACAGGAGAGAAGCCGUUUUCAUGUUCAGAAUGUGGAAAAGGUUUCACUCAGAAAUCAUCUCUAAAUCGCCACCAGAGCAUUCACACAGGGGACAAGCCGUAUUCAUGUUCAGAAUGUAGGAAAUCUUUUACUGAGAAAUCAAGUCUUGAGAGACAUCAGAGAAUUCACACAGGAGAGAACACGUUUUCGUGUUCAGAAUGUGGCAAAUGUUUUACUCAAAAAUCAUCUCUUGUUAAACAUCAUAGAAUUCACACAGUGAACAACUAAUUCUAAAUCCUUCCUGUAAAAUAUUUAGACCAACCUAUAAGAAAAACUAACUCACAUUGUAUGUAUAGAUAACACUGGGGUCUAGUAUACUAUACCGAGCCAACAAACGAACCAAACCAAUUACCCCAAAAAGAUGAGAAAACGCACAUAUAAAAUAUAUGUAAUUUAUUGAGACAUAAUCAAAUGACAAAAUUAGAAUAACAUAAGGCACAAGGGUAGAGGAGGGUGGGGGGCCCCCAUGUGACAGGGUCAAAAACAACCUCCCUCACAAAAACCCAACUGACAGGGAGAGAAGGGUCACAGCCCUGGGUGUAAAACCGCAUAGAUAUGGGGGAACUGUAGGUUCACCCAAAGUAACAUAUAAUGGUAAGUGUGCUGCAUGCAUAUACAAGGUAAAUAUGGUCACACAUAGCCGACUUGCCCACCCUGGAUAACUGGGAUGGCCGCAUAAAGAUGCAGGUAGCCAAGUGACAUAAGUAAGGCAGGGCAAGAGUGCUAAGUGCAAGCAGUGACCUUUAAAGUAACAAACUAACCAAAGCAUGACAACAAAUCAAGAUUUACAGGAGGCACCAUCAUCUGCCAGCAAGACACCUCUACAUCUGUGCCGCCAAUCACAACAUUUUCCACAAAAACAUCUGUGUCCAAAUGUUGAUAUUUUUGUCAAGCUGGUCAAACUUGAUUUUAAACAGCUGGCGGGCUAUUAUGGCCAUAAGAAUUUGACUUAUGACCAACAUCGGGCUAUUAAAGAACUCUGUGAUUUGAAGGAUAUUGUGAUCAAACCUGCGGAUAAAGGGGUAAAUGUUGUGAUCUGGCCUGCACAGAUGUAUGAAAAAGAAGCAUUUAGAUAGCUGGGAGAUAAGGACUUCUAUAGACGUCUAGAUAGCAAUCCCACCACCAGGUUUAAGGCUGAAUUAGAUCAUAUUCUAGACUCCGGGGUAGAAAAUAACAUUCUGCCAGCACGACUUAAGGAGGGCCUGGUGGUGGAUCAUCCAGUGACUCCCACCCUGUAUUUGCUGCCCAAAAUCCACAAACAAUUACAACCCCCCCCCCG